AUGAAGCCCCCAACCUAUCUAGGCGCACUGGUUGUUGCUAUGAUUAUGUUCAUGGUUCAAUUUUGUCCGGCACCUCCUGCUAUACUGGAAGGAGUCCUAUUAGGUGCCGCUGGAGCAUUUCCUGCAGGCGUAUUGAUUACUCUCAAAACGUUGCAAAGGCGGAAUCAUAUAGAAAUUGAGAUGCGCGAUGAAGAUGCAUUUGCAAGCUUUCCUCAACCAGCUGGUAGCUUAUGCAAGAGUGAAUUGAACCAGUCCCAAGUUGUGUUCACCUCGCCCAGUAGUGGAACACUAAGAAUCGACGGAGUUCCACCAGCAUGCAUGACACUUAGCGAUACAUUAAUUGGUCAAAACUCAGAGGAUCAUGCACCCACACCGAUGGGUUCCGCAUCUUUGCAAUAUCAGAAUCUUUCCCAGGAGAUGGAAGACAGACUCCACUCCGUUCUCCAACACUUUAACGACUAG